AUGAUGGUGCGUCUGAUUGGGCUCCUGGCCCUCUUCGCCCUCGCUGGCGUCGCCCACUGCCACAUCCGCAAACUCGGUCCAGGUAGGAAACUCCCAUUUCCACCUAGUCAGUGCGCAUGUCGUCUGCAUCGCACCUUGCAUUCUUCUUGUCUUGGCCUGCUUCCGUCAUUUAAGGUUAUGGAACCACCACGACCACCACUACCGCUCCGACCGGCGACAUGACUGGCGGUGAGCAGCUCUUACGAUUAUUCCGAGAGAGCAAAUUGCUAUCGUGGUGCUGCUGUCAUGUACAUUUUAUGCACCAAACCGGCAAACCGGCGAAUGUGACCCGGCUGACCUGACCUGCCUGCCGCUAGCGCCCGGGGGUGAGCGAGUGCAUAAGAUUGUGACAGUCCACGAGUUCGCUCGGUCUCAUUAUUCUCCGUGCAUGCAGCCGUCCCGUUCAUCUCCCCUGGGAUACAUCCGGCGCAGAAUGGUUCCAAUACCAGUAAGCAGACGAGUGCACUGUAUGUGCAUACACGCGGUGACGUCAUUGCUGAAUGUAUGGUUUUGGCCGGACGUCGCACCUGCAGCUGAAGUGGGUGCUGUGCGAGUGGAUCGGAACUGCGACGGAGACCCGGAGUGUGCUGCGAGCGAGGGUAAGGGUCUAAAAGCGUGUCGCCGCCUGGAGAGAGAAUUGUAUCGACUCCGUCUGCUUCUCUCUCCCAGAUAUUAUAGAAUUUCAGAACCCAAAGGUGGCAGGGCUUCCUGUGGAUUUUUGCCUCCGAGGCAUUUUUGGAGGCUGCGGUCCUGAAGCUGCAAAUGUGAGAAAGCUGACACGAGCAAUGUGAUUCAAAUGCGACUGUUUAUUACGUGUUCCUUCAUUGACAGUACUAUUGCAGAAAUCACGCAGCGCAGGAAACCCCACCUCCCGACGGCCACAAAUACACCGGGUUCAGCGACUACGAACAUAAAGCGCAGGGCUGCGGAUGGACGAACAUACUCCAAGGAGAUACUUGUAUUGCUCUCUGUACUUGCUUCCAGCACAUCAAGUGCGUGUCCACCCCAAUCUGA